GAUGGAUUCUGACUACUAAAGAGCUGAAGUGAGGGAGGGGGAACGAACAGCAAGCUCGCAGCUUGCAAAAGCGAGGGAAAGGAUUCAGGCACCAGUGUAUAAAUCUAAAGACGCCGAUCUGGAAGAAAAACGCUUGCUGGUUGGGCGAGACCAACGUGGCUUUUCUCAGCAUCCAGAGGUAGUCUUUGUAGCUUUUUGUGGAUCCCGGAGAAACGAGAAGGAGGUAUUGAGACGACAAACCCCCGGUUGUCAAACACAAGAGGUCUGGGGGAGGUCUUUGACCCUUCAUUUUUGUCUGAUGAGAGGCGUGGAGGAAGAGCCAAGGCAGAGGGAGGAAGGUGGCAACUAAGAGCAACAGACAACCACCCAUUUUUAAUCUUCCCAUUCAUAAAUCCACUGCAUACCAAUAUCAGAGCGAUGUAGAAUCAGUCCUUCUGGAUGGAUGAGGCAGGUUCCUGUUGGCUGCUGAGGCUCUUCUUCUCCUUUCUCCACACGAAUGUAUCUAUUGCAGUUCCAUCUUGUUUCACCGUUUUCAUCUGAUGUUUUUUCUUCUCUGAAUGCACUUUUCAUUUUGCUUGUAUUGAAACUGUGGAUGGUGCUCCAUUUCUUGGGGAUUGAAGGUUUUGGUUGUGCCUGAAUGCCCAGCUGAUAUCAAGAGGCAACAGCAGAGGAGCCUGUGACAAAAGGGGUACCCUUGAUUAUGUGAAGGACCCACAAGCUUCUUGAUACUAUAGAUCUAAAGACAUCAGUGUUAUGAACUCGUAUUAUCACAACCUUUAGUUCAGAAUUUGCCGUAGCUUACACUGUUUAGGAGAAUAUUCUGUUUCUGUUUACUUUUGCUAAGUACAUUGUCAAGUCAUUUCUCAUUAGAAAGAGAAUAGCGAUGACAGCCAUGAAGGGAGAUUCAGAGGACAGCAUUGAGAGCAUCAGGCCUUCAAACUUGCAAGCCUUUGCCAACUCCUCCACGCUGCAUGGCAUGAGCCACAUUUUCGCCUAUGGACACAUGACAUUCCGUCGCUUCCUGUGGACUCUCUCAUUUCUGGGCUCUCUGGGUUUACUUCUCUUGGUAUGCAUGGACCGAGUAUCAUACUACCUUGAGUUCCCUCACGUCACCAAACUGGAUGAAGUGGCGGCACCUAACCUCACCUUCCCUGCCAUUACUUUCUGCAAUCUCAAUGAGUUCCGCUUCUCCAAGAUCACAAAGAAUGAUCUUUACCAUGUUGGGGAAUUGCUAGCUUUGCUUAAUGAGAAUUACCAGAUUGCAAACCCACAUCUAGCAGAGCCAGAGGUCCUUGCUGCUUUGAAAGACAAAGCCAACUUCGUCAACUUCAAGCCCAAGCAGUUUAACAUGACUGAUUUCUAUAACCGCACAGGCCAUGACAUCAAUGAUAUGCUUCUCCAGUGCACAUUCCGAGGGGAGGACUGCUUUCCUGUAAACUUCACCACUAUUUAUACAAGAUAUGGCAAGUGCUACACUUUUAACUCAGGCUUGGAUGGCAACCCUUUGCUGACGACAUUAAAAGGUGGCACAGGCAAUGGGCUUGAGAUAAUGCUGGAUAUUCAGCAAGACGAAUACCUGCCAGUGUGGGGAGACACAGAUGAAACAUCCUAUGAGGCUGGCGUUAAAGUGCAAGUUCAUUCACAGUCCGAGCCACCUUUCCCCAGUGAGCUGGGAUUCGGGGUCACCCCUGGUUUCCAAACCUUUGUGUCCACACAAGAGCAAAGGCUUCAGUAUCUUCCACCACCCUGGGGCGACUGCAGGUCCACUCCCAUGGACUCAGAGUACUUCUCCACUUAUAGCAUAACAGCCUGUCGCAUUGACUGUGAAACUCGCUAUUUGCUCGAGAACUGCAACUGCAGGAUGGUUCACAUGCCAGGUACCUCCACAGUGUGCACGCCAGAGCAGUAUAAGGACUGUGCAGACCCUGCCUUGGAUUUUCUCGUUGAGAAAGACAACGAUUACUGCGUGUGUGAGACGCCUUGCAACAUGACUCGAUAUGGCAAGGAGCUUUCAAUGGUGAAAAUACCCAGCAAAGCUUCUGCCAAAUACCUGGCCAAGAAGUUCAACAAAACAGAACAAUACAUUGGAGACAACAUAUUAGUUCUUGAUAUCUUUUUUGAGGCUCUGAACUAUGAAAAGAUUGAGCAGAAGAAAGCAUAUGAAGUGGCUGGACUACUUGGUGACAUUGGUGGACAGAUGGGUCUGUUUAUAGGAGCCAGUGUUCUGACUAUACUGGAAAUAUUUGACUACUUGUAUGAGGUAUUUAAGGACAAAGUAUUGGGCUACUUCCUACGCAAGGGACGGCCACGCCGGAGCGCAAGCGAUAAUCUGGACUACCCCGAGAACCCCACCAGCCCUGCUGUCACGCCUAAUCAUGUCCCCAGCUUUCAUGACGGAGAUGAUGUUUUGCACAAGUUCAGAGCACAUGUGACACACUCCGGAGUCACUCGGACAGUCUCGGAUUCGCGCCGAACAUGCUACCUAGUCACCCGUCUGUAGGCAACUUCGAGGAGUUUGCUUGUUGAUGAUGCAGGAGGCAGGGUGCGAAGAGGACAAUUAGGGUUUGACAGCAAACUGUGAUAUAACUUGUAUACUCCAAACUAUGUGUAAGUCCACAACACAGUACAUGAUGACUAGCUCAGUAAGUCAGAAAAUAAAUGCCUGAAUAGACACCAAUCUCACCAUAAAAUACAAAUAGGCAACACUUCCAAAACAAUACUCAGGUUUUAUUAGCAUAACUCAGUGUCAUCUUGAUGCCACUUGUUUGUUUCAUGUUGUGAAAAUGCUAGUAAACUGUUAUCAAAGAUUAAAAAAAAAACUAAGCCAGAGACUCAAGAGCCUCUUUAGGCUUUCAGUGAUUUUUGUGAACCAAAAAGCAUCAUUUGAAAAACGCCAUUGAGAGUAAACUGAACAACAAGGCACACAAUUGCACAAAAAAGUUGGAGAAGGUAAACUGGCGGCAACAUUUACAUCCGUCAACAAGUAGGAGUUUUUACUGUCAUGUGUUCAACAGGCCUCAUCGAUUUUCUCUAUGAUAGUGCUCAAAAGAAUUUCAAGAAGUCCAGAACAUCCAAAUUGUUUAUCUCUGUUUACAUUACAUGUAUAUAAGUGCAAUAAUAUGCAUAAUGUGUUAGAAUAACCAAUGUAUUACCCUCACGUCUUAAAUACUGGUUUUCAGGAGGAAAGAACAAAAGAAAGAGAGAGAUCUGGUUCUGGUUCUUUGUGUCAGCUGUAUUUUACGUUUGAUAAGCAUUGUGUUUCUGUUUGUUUAUUUCUAUGACCUAUAUAUUCUGAUAUUAUGAAAUACAGAUGAGACUUAAAUUUUGCAGUUUGUCAUACAUUUAUGUGGGUAGUCUGAAAGAUCCAGGUUUAGCUGAUCAAGCACCUCUGUCUCUUUCAACGAUGGCCUGAUGAUGAAUACAUCCAAAGCUGCCCCAACCAUACCUGUGAAUAAAGCAGCUUUUAGAAUUGAUGGUUCGCUCAAUUUCAGUCCAGUUUUGCUAACUCAUCUGUCCCUCAGUCUGCUGUGAGUGAGUGAGUAAUGGCAAACGGCUGAUUUACUGGCUGUGUUUAUUAAAAGGCAUAUCAGUGACAGGAUAUAAAGCAAAGAUUGCAGUAGAACAGUGAUUUAUAAAAUAUAUGCUGAAUUCCUUUGGGGUUGCUUCAGUCCUAAUCUCUUCCUUGCAGCUUUCACAGAUCAGCGUUCAAGGCUCACCUAGCAUAUACAUUUGUGGUGAAUUCUAGAAUUUACUGCAAACGUCUUCCUUUCUUCUCUGCAUGCACAUCUCAUUACCUGCACACAGAAAGCUUGAUGGCCUGCCACAUGCUCAGAGCGUAGCAAUAGAGUGAGGGAUGGUAUCACAAAGCAUUCACCCUCGUUUAAUUUCGCUUCUGCGUUCCGCUACACUGUAGAAUUGCAUUGUUUUAUAUCAAUUACAAAGGGAUUUCUAGCACAUGUUAUCCACAUUUUAAAACAGUUGGUUGUGAAGUGUAAAUCAACCUAUAUAAUAAACAAUAUAUUUAAUCA